GCAAUUUAGUUUCAAAGAAGUUGUCAAAGUAGGCGUUUUAUUUACCCAAAGUCAUUAUUGAAUAUUAUAUAUCGCCCCUAUAAAAAGCCAACAACCAUAACCAAAGUUAGUCAGUACAAAUCAAUAUGGCAUUCUGGGAAACAGGCAAAACCUCUAAAGUCACUCCGAUUUUGAAUCCAAAUCAAAAACAAUUCCUCGAAGAUGAACAACGUUAUCGUGAAAAACUGGAUGUUUUGGGCAAAAAAGAUGGCAGCUUGUCCGAAAUGUAUGUUCGACGUGAACAAGUUAUCGAUGACCCGAAACUCCUGGACAAACAUGACUCCUUCUACCACACUACCAAGAGCCUUCUGGUGCUAUUUCAAAUCAUGGGUGUGAUGCCAAUUCAUCGAAAUCCUCCAAUCAAUAAUAUGCCACGAACUGGAUAUUCCUGGACUUCGAAACAAUUUUUUUGGGCUUUAUUCAUCUAUUCGCUGGAAACUGUGAUUGUUGUGAUGGUACUGAAGGCAAGAGUCAAUCAAUUCGUUACCAAUUCAGAUAAACGUUUUGAUGAGGCAAUUUACAAUGUGAUUUUUAUAAGUUUACUAUUUACACAUUUCCUAUUGCCCGUGGCUUCGUGGCGACAUGGGUCACAAGUCGCCAUAUUCAAGAAUAUGUGGACAAAUUAUCAAUUGAAGUUUUUAAAAGUUACCGGAACGGCUAUUGUGUUUCCCAAUUUGUACCCCUUAACUUGGGGUUUGUGUAUAUUUUCAUGGACUUUGAGUAUUGGAGUUAAUUUGUCGCAAUACUAUUUGCAACCGGAUUUUGAACUGUGGUAUACUGUGGCAUAUUAUCCUAUUAUUGCAAUGUUGAAUGGAUUUUGUAGUUUGUGGUACAUUAACUGCACUGCAUUUGGAACAGCUAGCAAAGCUUUGUCGGGAUUUCUUCAAGAAACCCUUCAACAAGAAAAACCAGCACAAAAGCUGACAGAAUACCGACACCUUUGGAUGGAUUUAAGUCACAUGAUGCAGCAACUUGGUCGUGCCUAUUCCAACAUGUAUGGAAUCUAUUGCUUGGUAAUCUUCUUCACGACAAUUAUUGCAACUUAUGGAUCACUAAGUGAAAUUAUUGACCAUGGAGCUACUUACAAGGAAGUUGGACUAUUUGUUAUUGUUUUCUAUUGCAUGGGAUUGUUGUAUAUAAUUUGCAAUGAAGCUCAUCAUGCUUCACUGAGAGUUGGGUUGGAAAUUCAAACGAAGUUAUUGAAUGUCAAUUUGACAGCUGUUGAUGCAGCAACACAGAAGGAAGUUGAAAUGUUUUUGGUUGCUAUAUCAAAGAAUCCACCAAUAAUGAAUUUAGAUGGUUAUGCAAAUAUUAAUCGAGAAUUAAUUACUUCGAAUGUUUCAUUUAUGGCAACAUAUUUGGUGGUACUUUUGCAAUUUAAAAUAACUGAACAACGAGGAUUGAAAGUUCAACAGUGAUAAGGAGAAAUAACGAUUUUUAAAUUUAAAGUUGAAAAAACAGCGACAUCUUGAGAUUUUUUGUAGUUUACAGGAAAAUGGUUGUUCAAUUUUAUUUAAACAUUAAAACUUAUAGU